AUGGCGACCGCCGAAGAAAAGCUCGACGCGCUCAGCGCGCAGAUGAAGUCCAUGCUCCUGCUCAUGGAGUCCUUCAAUCGUUGGCGUCCUGAGGUCGAUCACUCAUCCACCGAGCUGACCAUGGAGAUCAAGACUCUCACAUCGCGCAUGGAGGCGUUGGAAGCGAACAACGCUCCGCCAUCGGCCCCGAAGCGCGAGGAAGAGGGGCGGGCCAUGGGCCACGGCGCUGCAACAUCACCACAGGGGCAUGAUGGAGGGAGUCUGGUCCUCACUCAUCCCCUGGCCAAUGGUCAGUCAUCCACCCCCAAUUUUCCAGUUCAUUAUCGUGCUGCGCCUACCACCAAUGAAUGUCGCUUGCCUAAGGCCCAGUUUCCCAAAUUUGAUGGGUCUCAUCCAAAAGUCUGGAAAGAAAAAGCGGAAAAAUGCUUUGACAUGUUUAAUGUCCCCGUGCAUCGUUGGGCUCAGUAUGGCACCCUUCAUUUCAAAGGGCAUGCUGCUUUAUGGUUACAAACUUAUGAAGCACAGCAUGGGGUGGAUAACUGGGUUGAACUCUGUAUUGCUAUUGAGUCUAAAUUUGGCAAAGAUCUCUAUCACAACUCUAUGCUAGAAUUAUUGAGCAUUAAGCAAACCUCUUAUGUUCAGGACUAUUAUGAUAGAUUCCAAACCGUCAUGCAUAAAGUGCUGGUGCAUAACAAUCAAUUAGAUGAUGUUUUCUUUGUUAGCAAAUUUCUUCAAGGGUUGCAUCCUGACAUAAGAGCUGCUAUUGUUUUGCAUAAGCCGAGAACAGUUGAUGUGGCUUUGUCACUGGCUCUUAUGCAGGCUGAGGUGUUGGAGUCUCAACCCAAGUAUUUUGGCAAGCGCCAUUAUCGCGAUUACAACAAGUAUCAAGGCAAGCCACCUCAAGCAGCAGCACCUGGUAUUCUCGGCGCCCCUCCAGCUGAAGAAGGUAAACCCAAGUGGGAGGACAAAUGGACCACACUCAAAGCUCAGCACCGUGCCCAAGGUUUAUGCAUGAAGUGUGGCGAGAAAUGGGGCAGGAAUCAUAAAUGCCCUGAGAAAGUGUCCCUACAUAUCCUAGAGGAAGUCAUGGAACUUUUUCCAGAAGCCAUCAAAUCUGAGCCAACCUUUGAUGAAUCCAGUGACGACGAGGUAUUUUCUUUGUCUCAGGCUACAACAGUGGGGGUGCAAGGCAGGAAAACCAUCAAAAUCACUGGGUUGGUCAAUAGUCAAGAAAUUCUUAUCCUGAUUGACUCGAGCAGUUCCAGCUCUUUCCUCAGUGAGAAGACUGCUGACACCUUAAAGUGUGCUCUUACAUCAGCUCCUCCUGUAUCGGUCACAGUGGCCAAUGGUGAAAAGCUUCUGAGCCAGCAGCAGGUCCUCAAUUUCACUUGGUGGAUUCAGGGUCAUACUUUCUCCACCAAUGUCCGCAUUCUUCCAUUACCUUACUAUGACAUGGUGUUAGAGAAUUAG